AUUUAUUAUAACCUCAAAACUCAAAAUGUCAUUUUCAGUUUCUUAUCUUCAUGUCCAAUAAAAUUUUCCAUAAAAGUGACUUAAUACAAAAUGCUAGCAAAAACAGUUUUACUGGUAGUUUCUAAUCCCCAGCAAAUUGGAAAGGUACUUUCACGAGUACAAAAACAAGUGAAAAACACAAUUUACAUCCAACUUUUGUCGGCACUUGGUGAACCUUUUGGUAGUGUCCAACCAAAACUUUAUAGCACGUGGCCUAAACUCAGUAAAACUAUAUACAACAUUUAUUCCCAGGCAGCGGCAUACUGCUACCACUUAGACGUAAAAGUACUCCUUUCUGGUAUUAAAUACAACAUUCCCAAAAUCAAUACACAAAGUCCCAUCGAUUUGGUGGUUUUCGAUAAAAUACACAGCCAAAGCGACAUAGAUAACUUCAUCCAAGCAAAAAUCCAGAACAUCACGAAAGAAUAUAGUGUGUUAACAAUAAAUUCCGAUGAACUAGAAACUUCAAACGACGUAACUGAUGGUAACGAGACUACAUAUAAGCACACUGUACUAGGAGGAACAUUUGAUAGGUUACAUGUCGCUCAUAAGCUUCUCUUAAGCGAGGCGGCACUUAGAGCCACCGAAAAAGUCACUGUGGGAGUUACAGAUGAGAACAUGCUCCAGAGUAAGAUUUUGUGGGAGUUAAUCGAAGAUAUAGAAGUUAGGGUGAAAAACGUAACGGAUUUUUUAAAUGAUAUUUGUCCCGAAUUGGAAUACAGUGUAGUACCCAUUUCCGAUCCAUUCGGCCCCGCUAUCGUCGAUCCUACCAUGGAACUUAUUGUAGUGAGUAAGGAGACAGUUAGAGGGGGAGAGAAAAUAAAUGAAAUAAGGCUUGAAAAAAACUUGAGCCCUCUGAAAAUAGUGCCGGUGGAGUUGAUAGACGAGCCGAAUCCGGGUAGUAACGAAGAAGCAAAAAUUAGCUCUAGCACUACCAGAAUGAGACUACUAGGAACACUUUUAAGACCGAUACAGCCUAAUAUCAACAUUCCCAAAACUCCCUAUGUGAUAGGACUAACAGGUGGUAUCGCCAGUGGUAAAUCCGGAGUAGCAAGAUGGGUGACGGAAUUUGGGGCGCACAUCAUCAAUUGUGAUGUUGUCGGUCACGAGUCUUACAAACCUGGAAAGCCAUGUUAUAAAUUGAUCGUCGAGCAUUUUGGGGAAGUCGUUUUGGCACAAAAUGGUGAAAUCGAUAGGAAAGUUCUGGGAGGAAUCGUAUUUAAAGAUCCCGAACAAAUGAAGGCCUUGAAUUCUUUGGUUUGGCCAACGAUAGCCGAAGAGGUUAAUAAAAUUAUCAGGGAGAGUGAUAAGAAAGUCGUCGUUGUAGAAGCGGCCGUACUUUUGACGGCCGGUUGGGACAAACAGUGUCACGAGGUUUGGACGACAUUAGUGCCUAGACAAGAGGCCAUAACUCGCUUGAUAUCGAGAAACGGACUUACCGAAGAGCAGGCGAAAAAUAGGCUAGACGCCCAGCAGCCCAAUACCUUCUACGUCAAUCAUGCAAACGUAGUGUUCUGCCCCUUGUGGGAACCGGAGCAUACUAGAGAGCAGGUGUAUAAUGCGUGGGGAUUGCUGCAGGAAAGGAUAUCGUCGUGAUGUAAAAUUUGUGUAAAUCGAGUAGUUGGGAAGUUAUAUUUUUAUACGGUCAGUUAGAGAAAUCUUUUUUUUUAUAUUUCACUGGCAGAUGAUAUGAAUAUUUUUACUAGGUGUGUAAGUCCUUAGUCAAUGUAUAUUUUUAAAUAAAUU